CGCUUCCCGGCAUGGUAACCUGCCCACCCUUUUUUAAAAUGAAAAUGCUGUAAAUGGCCUUAAGGCCCUGCGAUUUCACCACAAUCUCUCUUCAUCACCGCCACCACCGCCAGCAUCUCUCCCUCCUCUUCCGCUCAACCGCGGAAGCAACCGCAGCAGCCGCAUCCACCACUACACAACUCUUUCCUCCAUUAUUUGUUUCCUCUCAUCGAAGGAACCCUCAUUUCCUUCCAAUCUCCUUCCUCCGUGAAAUCUCGUCGACUUCGGCUCUCUCUUACCAAACACAAAAGCGAGAGCAGCUUCUCAGGGAGCUGAGGAGAGCGGAAAAGAUGGCGCAGAAGAUCGCAAAAUCGGUAAGGCGCCCGGGCGCCCCUUCCAAAGCUAGGGUUUACACCGAUGUCAAUGUCAUCCGCCCCAAGGACUACUGGGAUUAUGAGACUCUCACCGUCCAGUGGGGGGAGCAGGAUGAUUAUGAGGUGGUGAGGAAGGUAGGGAGGGGGAAAUACAGUGAGGUGUUCGAGGGAGUUCACUGCAAUGAUACUCAGAAAUGUGUUAUCAAGAUUCUCAAACCAGUGAAGAAGAAGAAGAUUAAGAGGGAGAUUAAAAUAUUGCAGAACCUCUGUGGCGGUCCAAAUAUUGUGAAGUUGCUUGAUAUUGUCAGAGAUCAGCAAUCAAAGACCCCAAGUUUUAUUUUUGAAUACGUGAAUAAUACAGACUUUAAAGUGCUUUAUCCAACAUUAACCGACUAUGACAUUAGAUACUAUAUCUAUGAACUUCUGAAGGCACUGGAUUAUUGCCACUCACAGGGUAUCAUGCAUCGAGAUGUAAAGCCCCAUAAUGUGAUGAUAGAUCAUGAACAGCGGAUACUUCGUCUUAUUGAUUGGGGCCUUGCAGAGUUCUAUCAUCCUGGGAAAGAAUAUAAUGUCCGUGUCGCUUCAAGAUACUUUAAAGGUCCUGAGCUUCUUGUUGAUUUGCAAGACUAUGAUUACUCUUUGGAUUUGUGGAGCGUUGGUUGCAUGUUUGCUGGAAUGAUAUUUCGCAAGGAGCCAUUCUUCUAUGGACAUGAUAAUUAUGAUCAGCUGGUCAAAAUAGCCAAGGUUCUUGGGACAGAUGAAUUGUAUGCGUAUUUGAAUAAGUAUCGAAUAGAAUUGGAUCCAAAUCUGGCAGCCCAUGUUGGGAGGCAUAGCCGGAAACCCUGGUCAAAGUUCAUCAAUGUUGAUAAUCAGUAUUUAGCAGUACCUGAGGCUGUUGAUUUCCUUGAUAAGUUGCUGCAAUAUGAUCACCAAGAAAGGCUAACUGCAAAAGAAGCAAUGGCCCAUCCUUAUUUCUACCCAAUUAGGAAUGCAGAAAGCAGCAGAACACGCACCUAGCAAAGCAACACCAGGAUGCUGUCAAGGAACAAGCAGCAUCUUGUGUUUGGUCAGUGGCUGCUUCCAAUAUUUGUCAAAGAAUUUUUUUUUUUUUUCCCUCUAGUGAUCAACCUUCUUGCUAGAGGCCUUGCAUGUCUUUUCUUUCAUAGAACAGUCAAAUUUUCUUUUUCUUUGGCAAAUUGAGGUUUCUUUUGACUUCAAUAUUGAUUAUUUCGCAUGCUUUUAAUUGAUGAAUGAAUUAUGGAUGUGAUCUCAGUGUGCUUCAAGUGUUUAGCUAUUGUUGGGAUUAAACACUGAUCUUAACC